AUGUCGAAGAGCAAGUUCGUGGUUCCUCCUCUGACACCACUGCCAGAAGAAGUAUACCCAGUUCAACAUGAAGCGAAGAAACCUGAUCAAGGAUACUAUGUAGCUCUGGGACUAGUGAUGAGUGUCUGGAUGAUCACUCCCUUGUGCUGUGCUUAUCUGCUAUGGUACACUCUGUUAUCGAAUUCCCUGUCUAGAGGUUCAUUAACAUCAACCCUAUUCGCUGCAUAUUCAAUAACAGAAAUCCUUUUCGCAAUCUACACAUCACAUCUUAUAUCUCGUGUUCAAACUCCAUCUCCACCAUCGACUUUACCAAUUUCAGAAAGAACGAAACUGUUUCUGAGAGUCAUACAUUCAGGCCUAACUUAUCCUGUUCCACCAAGGGGGAUCACCAAACACGCACACGAUCACGCGGAAGAUGGAGAUGGUAUUCAGGAAGGUGAAUUCAGAGAUGCAUAUGUCGAAAGAGGUGAAGAAGACUCUCAGAAAGGUUUGAUAUCAGUAGCUGAUCUACAUCAUAUAAAAGAAAGGGAAUAUGAAGAAUCAAUUGGAAUUAGAGAAAGGAAAAGAGUAGGUAAAUUAUCUAAACAAGAGGAAAAUACCAUCAAUUGUUUCGUGGAAAAUAAACAAGGUGAAAGAGAAGAAAAAUUAAGAGAUCAAAUCGAGAACCAAGUUCUACCCAACACAGAUAAUGAAGAAUGGGGAUAUGAAGGUAUUAUAAAUGAAAAUAAUGAACUUGUACAUUUACAUCAUUGGGAUAAGAGAGCGAUUGAUUUUAGAGAAAGAUUAAGAACUUGGUUCAAUUACACCCCGUGGGAUUCCAUCAAGCGUGGAAAUAUUCAAAUGUGGUUAGCAUGGACAUGUUUCAAUACGACUUUUGAGGAAAUAUCGACCAAUGAAAACCAUAUCAAAUUCUUACAAUACGUCGUGGAAUUAUUGGAAGCUAGAACCGGCACUAUUUUCGAAGAAGGAUAUAACGACAAGAUCGAAUUGAGUAGAUUGACCAUUGAUAAAGUUAACGCAAAAGGAAGACCGUUGAUCCUAUACGCUUUAACUAAUGCGAUCAACCUCUUUCUGCAAAAAGUGGUUUAUCCUUAUCAAGGUAUGGGUUUGUACCGUGAAGGCGAUGUCGAAUACCUCAUUCGUAUACCCAAAGGCUGGACUCCAGAGAAGGGAAGAACAGAACCAAAUGCUAUACCUGUAGUCUAUUUACAUGGAUUAGGCUUUGGUCUAUUACAAUCCCAUUUCCUGAUCAAACAUUUAAUUUCAUCACUCCCAUCACAUCCAAUCUUGAUACCUCUAUCUCCUUACACUGCUCAAUCACUGUUUCAUCAUCGGCAUCUAAGACCUUGGACCAGACAGCAAUUAGUUGACGCGAUGAAGAAUAUCUGUACUCAAUGGGGAUUUUGGGAUGAAGGUGCAAGAGGAUCAAUGAGGGGAGGCGUUAGUCUGUUGAGUCAUAGUAACGGCAGUGUUGCUCACGGAUGGAUAUUGAAGGAUUGCCCGAGCCUUGUCAAGAGAAGUACCUUUGUCGACCCCGUCGUGUUCUGUCUUUGGGAGGGAGAUGUCUGUUACAAUUUCUGUUAUCGAAAACCUUCUUCAGCAAUCGAAUUGUUGUUAUACUACUUCAUAGCAUCAGAAGUCGGAAUAGCACAUUACAUUCAACGUCACUUUGAUUGGGCGGACAAUACAUUGUUCUUUGAUGAAAUCCCGAAUGCGACUGAUUCCAGUAAGACAGCGUUCUUCUUAGGCGCGAAAGAUGUCAUCAUAGAUGCGACUAGAGUAAGAAGAUAUUUGGAAAGGCAUGGCGUCACCCAUGGUAUUCAUUGGGAUCCACUUGGAGGACACGGAGAUGGACUGAUUGGACCUGCGAGAGAUAGAGUUAUCAUGUUUGCAGGGACUGGGACGACCAACAAUUGGGAUCAAUGGUUGAAAAAGGGAAGAAGAAAACAUAGUAUAGGUCAAGAUGAAUUCUUGGAAAGAGCGCAAGGUAAAUAA